ACUUGCAAAGUGCAAAACAAAAAUCCCAACCAAAUUGUUGCUUUGCAUCAUAAUAAAUAGUGUUUUAUCUUUACUUUAACACAUUAAGCAAUUAAGUAGACUUAGAAUAUAGAAGCCAAUAAUUGGUUAGUAGGUCAUCUUUUGCAAGACAUGACCGAAGAAAGUCCGGAGAAGUGGCCACAGGAAUUCAAACCUGCAAAAGGCAUGAACAUAUCAACUAGCACAUCAAGCUUUGAGGCCCUCAACCCUCAUGACCCCAACCUGAGUCGACUGGCCACAUCUCUGUUCCAGAAAACUUCAGAAUAUUUAACUGGGGAACUAACUGCUACUCAGGAUCACUAUGUGCUGUUGGAAGACAUCAACCAGCUGGCCAUCACCAAGUACGCUGACCUGAGGCAGAUUGCAGCCAACCUCGGCAAGACCAUCAAUGAAUACAAUGAAAUGUUCAGCGCCAACAUCGCGCCGCUGCUGCAGCAGAUCGACCUGAUGGAGGCACGCGUGACGCAGUUCGAGGGCGCCGCCUACCGGCUCGACGCCUACACCAGGCAGCUGCGAGCCCGCUUCAAGGAACUCGACGACAAGCGGACCUAGUAUGUCACUCACUCAUUACAUUUAUAGACUAGCUAGCUAUUUUAUCGGGACCUGCAAAUAUCGAAGCUUACGUAUUAUACGGUAUACGUAAGGUUUCUACUAGUGCCGGUGUCCGCUACACGGAUAUAAAGGGUGGUUUUUAUAUCUAUUUUGAUUACAGUUCCUCCUUAAUAUAAAGGCGGACACGGAUGUAAGGGCUUUUCGGAUAGUUGCGAUAUUCGAUAGAUCGUUGGUAUUCUGGUUUUCAGUUUUUCGCUACGGAACUCCUAUGCAGCCGCAGGGUGUAAAAGAGGUAUAGUAAGCUGAAAUGGGGAAACUGGAGUGGAGGGUUACCCCCUGAGUCAUCCAUUUUUCGAUUUACUAUACACUUUUUUAACACCUGGAUGUUAUAGUGGGCCAUGCUAAGUAAUUCUAUGGUUAGUGUCUCUAAAUUAUUUUCUUUGUUUCGUAUUUUCCGAUGACGCCUGCAGUAUGGAAUAUCUAUCUACUAUCGCUACAUACAAUAUAACCAUUAUGUAUGUAUACGUACAUGCCGUUUGCCCACGUUCCUCGAUACUGCGGACGUAGGUGUGUUAGGAGGUUAUAUAUGUUUUAACCACAUGUGGAUGACCAUAAUGGUAAAAGGUUUAGCAUUUCUCUUUGUUGGAGUUUGUUUAUGUGAUGUGAUCAUCAUCAUCACAACCUCUCACGUCCCCACUGCUGGGUCACGGGUCUCCUUCCAAUGAAGGAACGGUUUUAAUACGAAUAAUUAUAACACAACUUCCACUUAUACUAAAUCUACUGCUGGACAUAUGAACCUCCUUAUUCAUAGAAGAGUUAUAGGACAUUUUAGCUAUUGAACUGUUUUGUCUCUCUCUAUCAAAGAACAAUAAUUGUUCAACAGUUCAAUAGCUAAAACGUCCUAUAACUUCUCUAUGAAUAAGGGGGUAAGUAUUUACCACAGUAUUAUAUUCUUGGCAUGCCUUAUAAAUCUAAUGAUCCUCAUACAGACACUGAUGUCUAUCGCUGAGUUGCAGAGAUGAAACAAAGAAAGACGGUGCAUUUAUUUCGCGGUGUAAAUAUUCCUUAUAUAUUUUAAGUACUUAAGCCUUAACCUUACCUUCUUUUGUCUACACUAUAACUUAUCCAAUCAAAGCAAUACCUUAAGCAAAUAUGUAAGCUUUUUAUUUUGUUAUUACCUAUUUAAAAACUUUAUUUUAAAUAAAGAUUCUAUCACAAAGUAAA